CUAUGGCUUCUAGAUCCUCGUGGUGAUGAUGGAGAAUUCCUCGAAUUCGAAAUUCAAGAGUUGUAUAGACCAAGUGUACUUGUGACUAAAAACCCGCAUACAAGAUACUCACCGAGGCAAAAAAAUGAGUUUUGCAUGCCUCGUGUGCCAUAGUGUAGAGAGCCCAUCCCACUCAUUUAGAAGCUACUCUGUUUCUAGCUCAGACAACGAGGGAAGAUGCUCCGUGAUUGCGAGCUGCCUCACAAGGAAAUCACUCAUUCAAGCUGCAAGAUCUAACGCUUUCCCUGCAUCAUCCUCUAAGGUAACCCCACAGCCCAAUUUCCAAGCAGGUGAAGGAGCCUCACCACGGUUAGUACGAAGCCGUGCAGUGAGAAGAGACAUUGUCAGAGACUGGAACUUCAACGAAAUCGAGACAGAGCUUUAAAUCAGAUCUGACUCUUCUCUUAGGAAUAGUGUUAGUUUGUUCAUCAACUGUUCUUGUUUCUUACCUCGUGUUCAAAGUUUUGUAUUUGGCUUAGAAUGCUUUUACAAACAAAUAAUCUAAUAUUUCCCUG